GUUAUGGCCCUGGAGCAGGUUUGUGGCAUGGAUAAAGUGCCGUUUAUGCUACGAUUCGACGAGCGACAGUCCAUGUGGCAGCAGGAGCAGCUUGAAGUGGCAACCAGCAACUUCGAGAAUCCCUAUUGCCUGAUGGCGCCCCCUUUUGCAAACCCCGCCGAGAACCUGCCAAAGAUCUUGGAGCACUGUGGAAUAAAAAUGGACUUUGCCCAUGGAACCACCACACUGGGUUUUAAGUACCAGGGCGGGGUGAUCCUCUGUGCCGACUCGAGAGCCACCUCCGGCCAGUACAUCGGCUCCCAGACCAUGAAGAAGAUCGUGGAGCUGAACGACUACAUGCUCGGCACCCUGGCAGGUGGAGCUGCGGAUUGCGUCUAUUGGGACAGGGUGCUGGCGAAGGAGUGCCGGCUGCACCAGUUGCGGUACCGAAAACGCAUGUCCGUGGACACGGCGGCCAGGAUAAUCUGCAACAUCUCCAACGAGUACAAGGGCAUGGGCCUGGUGAUGGGCAUGAUGCUGGCUGGAUACGACGAUGAGGGCGCGAAGCUCAUCUAUGUGGACUCCGAGGGAAUGAAGUCAAGCGGCCUCGUCUUCUCCGUGGGCAGCGGCUCGCCCUACGCCCUGGGUGUGUUGGACACCGGCUACCGCUUCGACCUGACCGACCAGGAGGCCUACGACCUGGCAAAGCGGGCCAUCUACCACGCCACCAGCAAGGACGCUUACUCCGGUGGCAUCGUCCGGCUGUACCACAUCAACGCCGAGGGGUGGCGAAACAUCUGCAACACGGACUGUUCGGAUCUCCACGACGUUUACUGUACGGCAACGCCUUCCGGCAAGAAAAAGGACGACCAGAAUGGGGAAGCCGGCGAUCAGGAGAUUCCCUGCGGCAGUGGCUGGACCACCCGGAAGCUGCCCGAGGAUAAUGUCCAGACCAAGCUGGCCUCUGUGUGAGAGGAUUACAGGGUAUUAAGAUUAACGUUGACGGACAUAAAUUUAUAAGGUGUAAUAUUCAAAAUUAAGUGUGAAUUCGGCAUAAACAUUGUUGGUCCAACUUUGUGGGAACCCUAAUCCCUAAAAUUUUCAGUUCUCCCAUCAAAAGCAUAAAAUCACUCGAAACUUUUCCUAACUUGUAUUAAAAAUACAUAUGCACAUGUAUGGCAAAAAUAA